CCGUCCGUUCUGUGUCCGCCGCGCGAGAAUCUCGCGAGAUCCCGUCGCUCCCUCCGCGGCGCUAGGGGCGGCCUGCUGGAGCGGCCUCGGGGGUGGCUGGCGCCCUCUGCUGACGACCUCCGGCAGAACAUGAGGUGCCCCAAGGCCUCAGGAGAGGCUAUUGCUGGCCUGGGGGCCUCUGUGGUCCCACAGUGGACCCCAUUUACAUUAUGCAAAAGUUCAACCCCGGGCCGGCUGGAGAGGGAAAGCCAGAAACCACCAGGUCUCCUCCGGAAAUCCACCUGGGAUUUAUUUUUCCUUUAGAAAAAGCUCCAAGAUUGGCAUUUUAAACAAAGUCAGCUUUUUUGCAUACCUUUUGUUUGCAUGUAUUUGUCUUUGGGCUGACCCUGGAUAACAAGGCUGAACUAUAAUGAUUCGGUCAGUGUCAGAAAAUUGGGAACUGAGAAUGGGCAUGUCAAUUCAAAGCCAUAUCUCAGUUGACUGAGGCACAGGUAAAGGAUUCUAAAGCCUGCUGCUUGUCAGCUCAGUGGUGCACACCCGUACUUCCAGUUUUUGUCUAGGCUAAGGCAGGAGAAUCACCUGAGCCCAGGAGUCACAGCCCAGCCUAGACACCACAGCAAGACCCUGUUUCCAACCAAGCGUGGUGGAGUACCCCUGUAAUCCUAGGGGCCCCGGAGACUGAGGAUCACGAGUUGAGUUCAAAGCCAGCCUCAGCAACUUAGUGAGGCCCUAAGCAACUUAACUAUACCUUGUCUCAGAAGAAAAAAAAUUAAAGAGCUGGGGAUAUUGCUCAGUGGUGAAGCGCCCCUGGAUUCAAUCCCCAGGACCCCCAAACAAAACAAAAGCCCCCAACUCACUGAUAGAAGCCCACAGCACUCAGAGAAACUGUGUUCCAGCUUCCCUGGUGCUCAAAAUGCUAGUGCUCCCUUUCAGAGCCAGGUGAAGCCACAGGCACCAGAGCAAGGACAAAACCCACAUGGUCCAGAGGAGGGGUCACUGGGUGCUGCCUGGUUUGCAUCCAUGCCCUGGUCCUGCCCAGUUCCUGAGUGGGACCACAGGCCCGGAAAACCAAAAGAAGCACCUUAGCUUCGACAACUGGACUCCAGUCCCACCCCUUUCAGGAGCCUCAACUUGUGAAGUACCUGGGCAACUGCCCUCUCUUCUAUUUAAGGCAGGCUUUGGCAGACGCUGCUGCUUGCCAUGCUGGGCACAGGGGCACCUGGCCAGUAUGUCACCGUGGGUGGCUCACCUGGCAGGCUUGCAACUCUCCAUCGCCUGCUGCUGGGCUUUCAGCUGCCACAAGACGUGGUUCUCCCCUGACUUCAGCCUCCCAGGGGAUUUCCUCCUUGCAGGCCUAUUCCCUCUCCAUACUGACUGUCUGCAGGUGAGACGCAGACCCCAGGUGACCCUGUGUGACAGGCCUGAUAGCUUCAAUGGCCAUGGCUACCACCUCUUCCAGGCCAUGAGGUUUGGUAUUGAGGAGAUAAACAACUCCACAGCCCUGCUGCCCAAUGUCACCCUGGGGUAUGAGCUGUAUGAUGUGUGCUCGGAGUCAGCCAACUUUUAUGCCACAUUGAACAUGCUCUGCCUGCCGGGGACGUACCACAUAGAGAUCCAAGAAAACCUUUCCCACUACUCCCCCAAGGUGAUGGCAAUCAUCGGGCCUGACAACACCAACUACGCUGUCACCACUGCCGCCAUGCUGAGUCCCUUCCUGGUGCCCCUGAUCAGCUACGAGGCCAGCAGCAUGGUGCUCAGCUCGAAGUGGCAGUACCCCUCUUUUCUGCGUACCAUCCCCAGUGACAAGUACCAAGUGGAGAUUAUGGUGCUGCUGCUACAGAAGUUCGGGUGGGUCUGGAUCUCUCUGGUUGGCAGCUACGGUGACUACGGGCAGGGGGGAGUACAGGCACUGGAGGACCUGGCCACAAAGCGGGGCAUCUGCAUUGCCUUCAAAGGCAUCAUGUCUUCCUCCGCCCAAGAGGGCGACAAAGAGAUGCGGAGCAUGAUGCGCCACCUGGCCCUAGCCAGGACAACCGUGGUGGUGGUUUUCUCCGGCCGGCAGCUAGCCAGGGUGUUCUUCAAGUCCGUGGUGCUGGCCAAACUGACUGGAAAGGUGUGGAUCGCCUCAGAAGCCUGGGCCAUCUCCACACACAUCACCAACGUGCCUGGGAUCCAGGGCAUUGGGACAGUGCUGGGCGUGGCCAUACAACAGAGGCUUAUCCCUGGCUUGAAGGAGUUUGAGGCGGCCUAUGCCCGUGCUGACAAGGGAGCCCCCAGGUCCUGUUCUAAGGGCUCCUGGUGCAGCACAAAUCAGCUCUGCAGAGAGUGCCAAACUUUCACAGAAUACACGAUGCCCGAGCUCGGGGCCUUCUCCCUGAGUUCUGCCUACAACGUGUACCGGGCAGUGUAUGCGGCAGCCCACGGCCUCCACCAGCUCCUAGGCUGUGCCUCUGGAACCUGUUCCAGGCGCCAAGUCUACCCCUGGCAGCUUUUGGAGCAGAUCUACAAGGUGAAUUUCCUUUUACAUGAGGACACUGUGACAUUUGAUGACAAUGGGGAUCUUCUCAGUGGCUAUAACAUCAUUGCUUGGGAUUGGAUUGGGCCCAAUUGGACCUUCAGAGUCAUUGGCUCCUUCACAUGGUCUCCAGUUCGGCUGGACAUAAAUAAGACCAAUAUCCAGUGGCACGGAAAGAACAAUCAGGUUCCCACAUCUGUGUGUACCAGAGACUGUGUUGAAGGGCACCAUCGGUUGGUCAUGGGUUUCCACCACUGUUGCUUUGAGUGUGUGCCCUGUGAGGCUGGGACCUUCCUCAACAAGAGUGACCUCUACAGAUGCCAGCUUUGUGGGAAAGAAGAGUGGGCACCUGAGGGAAGCCAGACCUGCUUCCCACGCACAGUGGUGGUUUUGACUUGGCAGGAACCCAUCUCUUGGGUGCUGCUAGCAGCUAAUACAUUGCUGCUGCUGCUGCUGGUUGGGACUGCUGGCCUAUUUGCCUGGCACCUAGAUACCCCUGUGGUGAGGUCGGCUGGAGGUAGGCUAUGCUUCCUCAUGCUGGGCUCCCUGGCAGGAGGUAGCUGCAGUGUCUAUGGCUUCUUUGGGGAACCCACGCUGCCCGCGUGCUUGCUGCGCCAGGCACUCUUUUCCCUGGGUUUUGCCAUCUUCCUAUCCUGCCUGACAGUUCGCUCCUUCCAACUGAUCAUUAUCUUCAAGUUUUCCACCAAGGUGCCCAGGUUCUACCGUGCUUGGGUCCAACGUCAUGGUGCUGGCCUGUUUGUGAUGAUCAGCUCAAUGGCCCAGCUGCUCAUCUGUUUAAUCUGGCUUGUAGUGUGGACGCCACUGCCCACAAGGGAAUAUCAACGCUUUCCUCAGCUGGUGGUGCUUGAGUGCACAGAGAGCAACUCACUGGGCUUCCUGCUGGCUUUCACCUAUAAUGGCCUCCUCUCAGUCAGUGCUUUUGCCUGCAGCUAUCUGGGCAAGGACUUGCCAGAAAACUACAACGAGGCCAAAUGUGUCACCUUCAGCCAACUCCUUAAUUUUGUAUCCUGGAUUACUUUUUUCACCGUGGCCAGCGUCUACCAGGGCAAGUACCUGCUCGUGGUCAAUGUGCUGGCCUUUCUGACCUGCCUGAGCAGCGGAUUCAGUGGUUACUUCCUCCCCAAGUGCUACGUGAUCCUCUUUCGCCCAGACCUCAAUAACACAGAGCACUUUCAGGCCUCCAUCCAGGACUAUACUAGGCGUUGCAGCCCCUCCUGAGCAGCGGGUCAGGCAGAGCCAGCUGGGGCGGGGCGGGGAGGGCUGUCAAUCUAUCCUGCCCUGAAAGCCGAAGUUGGUCAAGCUGGGUGGAGGGCCUGCAGUGUCCGUGAGACCUUUGGGCGUCUCAGUCUUGGCAUGCGAUAUGUCACCGCACGGGUGAACAGACCCCAGGCUCCGGGCUGCCAAU